AUGAACUAUAAUAGAGACUGCUUAAGCCAAAAUGAAACCGAAGGCAAGACCGUUGCCAUUACUACUCGCACGUACCUGCAGGGGAUAAAACUGCGAGAUAUUUUAAGAUGGUGUGGGACAUUUUUUUUUGUGUGUGGAGUGGACAAUGCUAAAGGAACAGAUAUUAUGAAGCCCGUAGAAGCCGAGUUUUACCACACUCUUUUCUAUUUGAAAUCCAGAGGCUACAGUGUUCUCUUAGCAUCUCCUGACAAGGAGGUCGCCUCACAGUCCAUACUUCGCUCUGUUGACUCGAUUUGGCUUUCGACAAGCCUAUUGGAACAAGGAAACCUUGACGAACUAUCCAACAUCUGCAUUACCAACUUUGAUUACAAGAUUCACCCCAAGAUUUGGAGGUAUGUCUUUAAACAUAGCUUUGGGGACGGUGAGAUUAAAGAUUGA